AGAGAGAGAGAGAGAGAGAGAGAGAGAGAGAGAGAGAGAGAGAGAGAGAAAGUUGUGAGCAGCCGGUCUACAAGAGCAUUGAUAGAGAGAUAGAGUGAAAGAGGAGAAGAGCGAGAGACGGGUGGGAGGGAACGAUCCGGUGUAAAAGGAAUCUCAACCCAUUUCCAAGGAGAAUCCAGUUGUCAGGAUGAGUUACUGCACCAACGCGCCCAUGGUCACGCACACUUGCGAGACUCUUCUUAGCAAGUGCGAAAUCCCGAUCAUCGACCUCGCUCACAUGGGCACUGAGAGAUGCCCUCAGAAGGGAGUCGUCAAGCUGGUGGCCUCGAAACUGCUAAGGGCGCUGUCCGAGAAAGGAUUGGCCUUGCUCGUUAACCACGGCAUUCCAGAAUGGAAGAUGAAGGCAGCUUACAGAGUUCUAGACACAUUUUGCGAAUUACCGGACGAAACGCGAGCAAAAUACGAACGCGUUUCGCCGGAUAAUCACGGCUACGUUAAACCAGGCACGGAGAAAUUUUCGGACGAGAUGGAGCUUCGUCAUGCGUUUAACGUAACCGGAUGUGGACGAAUUCUGCCAGAAGAUGAAGUUCCUGGAUAUAGAUCAGCAGUGGACGAAUUGACACGUGAUUUCAAGCAACUAGCCACCAUGCUUCUUACUGCUCUGUCUGUGGGUUUGGAACAGUCCCACGACUUCCUGUUGUCGAAGCACGCGCACAUACUCGGCCCUGGCAACGCAUCCACCCUGCGUCUCCUCUACUAUCCGCCACUCGGUACACCGGUACAAGGACUGACCCGAUGCGGCGCCCAUUGCGACUAUGGCACUUUCACUUUGUUGGCGCAGGAUUGCGAGGGUGGUCUUGAAAUUCAAAUUGGGGAAAGAUGGGCUAGAGUGGGUCAUCUUCCAGGCGCCAUAUUAGUGAACACUGGAGAGUUAUUGGGACACUGGACCAACGGGCAGCUUCCAGCACUCAGACAUCGUGUUGUUAUGCCAGAACACUGUGGUCGCGGCCGUCAUUCCAUUGCUUUCUUUGUACACCCAGAUGACAAUAUUCCUAUCGAGCCGUUAGAUACAAAGAUAACCAUAACUAAUCAAGAAACAACUCUUUGCCGCCUUCAGAAAAAGAAACGAAGUGUUCUCACGGCGUAUCAACAUCUUCAACGUCGUUUUCGCGAGACUUACGCGUCUUAAUACGCUCUAUGCGAGCCUGAAUAUUCUGUCAGACUGACCUAAAAACCGGAAGCUAUAAGUCUUAGGAAACCAUAAGUCUUAACGCUCGUUGAGUUGGAGCAAAAAUAAAAUUUCGCGGAAAUUCGAAAGAGAUUGAUUUUAUGGGCAGUGAAAUUAAGAUACACCAUAAGCUACGUUUUAAAGUAUGACCAACAUAUCUUGCUGUAUAUUGCUUGAUAUAUACUAUAAAAAAAAUGUUAAAAAGUAUUACGCAUAAUAUCCAUUCCAUUUAAGGUGAACAAAGGACCAGAUCGCGGAUAAUUGUAAUUCUGACGAUUAACGGCAUAGCUUGGCUGUCUUAAUUUCACGAUUUACGUUCAAAAGUCAGAUAUCCUCACGAAGCGAAAUUACAAAACUGAAUGUCAAAGAAAGAUGUAAAAAGAAUGUAAAAGAAAAUUGCGAUUCUCCGUCAGUAAUAAAUAAAUUUGUACUUAA